AUGGGAUAUUCAUCAUUUGCAACGGCUAUUGUGAGCAUCGUUGUUUACUGGUACAAGAAGCAGCUUGCAUACCAACAACAACAGCAACGCACCUCCAAUGAGAGAGAUACUGUAACACUGGAUGAAGAUCAAUUGCAUAUGAACCCUAGAAAAAGGUUACAUAUUACAACAAAUAAGAAUGCUUUGAUGAUGAAAAGAUCGAGCAGUACCUUCACAAAUUUAUCUAAUCAAAACAGACAGCUGUUUACACCCCCUCCUUCUCCACUUUCUCUGCCUUCUACUUCUCCAACUUCUGCUACAAGCAUUACAAGCAGUCGAUCUACAUCCCCUUUGGGCAGCUGGAGUUCACGAUUGCUGGAUGGUGUCAUAUCCAACAUUAGAGGAAAGAAGAAGCUUACCAUCUCUUUGAAAAAUACGAUUCUUUGGAAUCCCUCAAGAGAUGUCAAUAGUCCAAAUCAUGCGUUUCACGAGAAUACUGUUUCAUUGCUAAACAAACUGGCUCAGGUUUACGAUAUAUACGUCAUUAUUCACAUGAAUUCUAAUGAAGAGCGUCAUCAAAUCCAUCAACUGCUGGUAAAUGCCAAUCUCUUGAACCCUUUGGUGAUUGACGAAUGCAAAGUGCUUUGGUGCAGCUCUGAACAAGGAAAGCUACAUGUAAUCAAUCACAUAAAUCCCUCUAUUCAUGUCGAAGGAGGCUGGGAGAAUGAUAGCGGCCUUAAUAUCAUUGAGAAUUUGCAAGUGGAGCGCAUGAUCUGGAUUGGUCAUCAACAGAAAGGUGUACCAAUGAACAACACUAAAGUGAAUGUUGAAGUUGCAGAUCAAAUACUUUAUACCUCUAUUGCCAAGCAAGUUGGCUUUUGCUAA